AUGCCUCCGGCCGGCGGUCCGCGCGCGCCGCGCCCCGCCGCGCUGCCCCGCAGCCUGUCCCGCCUGCGCGAGUGCCCGGGCCGCUCCCGCAUCGUGCUGGCGCUCGGGGCCACGCAGAUGGCGCUCGGAUGCCUCAUCGUGGCCGUCAGCUUCGCCGCGCUGGCGCUCACCACCUCGGCCCGCGUCCGCCACUCCUGCCCCUUCUGGGCCGGCUUCUCGGUGCUGCUGUCGGGACUCAUCGGCGUCGUCUCCUGGAAGAGGCCCCUGUCCCUCGUGAUAACCUUUUUCAUGCUGCUCUCUGCAGUAUGUGUAAUGCUGAAUUUGGCUGGUUCAAUUCUCUCCUGUCAGAACGCUCAGCUAGUCAACUCCCUAGAAGGCUGUCAGUUGAUUAAGUUCGACAGCGUCGAGGUGUGUGUCUGCUGUGAGAUGCAGCAUCAGUCGUCGGGCUGCAGCAACCUCGGAGAGACGCUGAAGCUGAACCCGCUGCAGGAGGACUGCAACACCGUGCGGCUGACCUUGAAGGAACUGCUCUUCAGCGUGUGUGCCCUCAACGUCCUGUCCACCAUCGUGUGUGCGCUGGCCACAGCCAUGUGCUGCAUGCAGAUGGUCUCCGCUGACGUCCUGCAGAUGUUCCUUCCACAAAGGGCGCCUUCCGCCAGCCCGGCCUGCAUGACCCCACAUGGCACUGUCCUCCACCAGACCCUGGAUUUCGAUGAGUUUGUGCCCCCGCUGCCCCCUCCGCCCUAUUACCCUCCGGAGUACACCUGCACACCCACCACCGAGGCCCACAGGGGCCUCCACCUGGACUUUGCUUCCUCCCCAUUCGGCACUUUGUACCGCGUCACCAUCAACAGCCCCGGCCUGCUCUACCCCGCCGAGCUCCCGCCGCCCUACGAGGCCGUGGUGGGCCCGACCCCCACCAGCCAGAUUCCAAGUGGGGACCCGCAAGUGACCGAGCCCGGCUCCGGGGACCCAGACGCCACCGCAGGCUUCAGCACACAAGCGCCGGCCGACAGCUCCAGCCUGCUGGCCCCCGAGGGCACUGCCACGCCAGGCCUGAGCCGCCCAUCCUCCGACGGCCCCACGGGCGCCCCGCUGCCCGCCCCACACCCGCGCCGCACAUCCCCUGAGGGCCCCCCCAAGGGCACGCGGGCGCGGCCAGGUCCCAGGCGCGUGGCCCGCUCCGCCAGCGACCCCACCUCGUGUGCAUCCAGGGCGGCAGGCGAUGCCUCUUCACACACCCCGUCCUGCAGCCAAGAUCUUGAAGCAGGACUGUCCCGGGCUGCACGGGGAACCGCUUCCUUGUCUCACUCUCUCAUGGUUGCCUGUGCCUGUCAGCCCCAGCUCUCACCCCCCAGGGAACCAGAUGCCUGGAAAACGGACCAGCGGUUAAAGCCAGAGGCCUUACAGACAGUCUCCAAAGAGCGGCUGCACUCCUUAGUGGACAGCAAGGCCUACGCGGACGCCAGGGUUUUGGUGGCUAAGUUCUUGGAACACUCGAGCUGCUCCCUUCCCGUGGAGGUGAGGCACGUGGUGGGCUCUGCCCGCUCGGCCGUCCCCUCCGAGGAGUGCCACAUGGAGGAGGCCGUCCUCAGCGCCCGUGUCCUGGACCAGCUGUGAAGGCGCCUCCGUCUGGAUGUGGACAUGGACAGACCUGGUGCCAGAGUCCCUGCCGGGGACGCCGGGCCUGUGGGGAGAGGCUGCUGCCCGGGGGGCUCAAGCGGCGGAGGCCGUUCCCUCCUCCAGGGGGACCCCAUCGGCUGUUUUCUGGGGGCUGACACGUCCUACCUGUCCCAGUGAUACAGUGGAUGGCUCUCUCGUGUCCAUCGUGAAUUCUUCCCUGUUGUCAGGCAGGUGGCACCUUGAACUAGCCACGUGACAGCGAUCCAGUGGCAGGGGACACGCGUGUAGCUAAAGAAACUGAAGCAUCUUCACAAUCGGCGCCAUGGAAGAGCAGGAUUCUCCCGCACCCCAGUCCCCACCCCCCGAUUUAGUUUAGUGUUUAAAGGGGUAGAGGACUCAUCAGGCAACGAGCCCAUUUCCCCUUGCCGUUUGAAUCAAUGAUCAACCCUUUCUCAGAGGCUGAUUUUAAAGAAAAUAAGUCAUUCUAGCCCAGAUGGCAGCCGGGGUCCAGCCUUAUGCCCGCAGGGCGACAGGGCCAACCUGUGAACAAACAUACAAUGAGGGACUCCCCAGGGGGGCCCGGCCACCCUGUGGCAAGGGGCUUUGAGGGACCCCCCCUCCCCCCUCCACACACAGCACCUUGUCUCCCAGGCAACCCCUCCCUGCCUCUCCCCGCCCCAGGGCAUUUUCCCAGCUUCCUCUCUGGCUGUCUCUUUAACUGGCCCAGCACGGAGCACUUUGAGUGGUUAUUUGCCCCGUAACAAUAAGCCCCCAUGGCGAGCGCCCGGGGUUCUCCCACGUCUGCCGUCGCCAGACUGGCCUCAAGGGGUCGCUGAUGACCCAGAGCAGCCCCUUCCCCAGCCGGGCGGCAGCGGCCACAUCUGCUUUGGAAGAUGCCGGCUGUCGACCGCUUCUUUCCGUGAACCACCCCACCUCGGGCUGGGUGCGCAGAAGCCUUCUCGGCCACAGCAGCUUGGGCGCCCUGGACCUUCUCGGCCCCCCGGGCCGCCCUGUUCUGGCGACCUCAGCAGCAGCUGCUUCCCAGCCAGGGUCCUGGAGCAGCGCUGUCCUCAAGGACUUUCCGCAGCCACGGGGAUACCUGUGCCAUCCUGGACUGUGCCUGGCGGCUCCUGCGUGGGACGAGGCAGCCGGAGACCACAGUUCUCAACCAAGAGCCCACGGCCCAGCACCAGGAGUGCCGGGGGCGGGCUGGGAGGCUGCCGGGUGUCCAGCAGCCCAGGGCUGUGCCCCGCCCCCCGUGUCCAGUGUGCUGGGAUGUGUGGAGGGAGCAGGGACGGGGCUCGCAGGGGUGUUUCCAGCCCAGACACCCCGAGGAGCCCCUCAACACCAAGGUAGGUAGCCCGCGGUGCCAGUCAGCUGCCAACGCUUUGCUUCCCUAAUGUUAUCAUUGGUCACUGCCAUCCAGAGGUGAGAGCUGGACCAAUAUAUAAAUCAGGCCUUGUGAUGAUAGCCAGAACUUUUCCGCUUGAGACAUCGCAGAGGAGAAUUUGUGAGCACUUUAUCCAGACUAUAAAACGGGAAACCUCUACUCUAAUUUUUCUUAACUGAGGGCUUUUGAAGUCCCCAAAAGUAAAUUUCUCUGCAGGUAAAGUAAAUUGAUGGUUUUUCCAAGGGGCCUCCCCUAAGCCUCCCAGCAAAGCGUGAACGGCCCCAGCGCCCUGGCCUCUGCAUCAAGGCGUCUCUGGGGUGGCAGCCAGAGCUUAGCAAGCUGCAGGGGUCUCACCUGGGUGGGGGGCUCACGUCAGGUUUGGGGGCUCACACGGCAGGGCCCUGGGCCGAGCCUGCAGGUCUCAGACAGACUGCCUCUAGAGUAAGGCCAGCCCUUGCGUCCGCCCCCCCACCUCACGGGCUUCAGAAUUGUUACUCUGCAGCAGGAUGGGUGACCUCCAGGAGGCCUGGCCUGGUGCUCUGUGUCCUUUGCUUCCCCUCCCUGCAGGGGGCCAUGUCUCCUGCCUCCGGGCACCUGCCACAGCCUGUGCCUCCACCUGGGUGCAGGUCGGUGCUCUGGCCCAAAGCCCACCGGCCCGGCCGUUCUCAAGUGCUCGGCCCUCACACACGUUCUCAUGCUCAGUUCUGUGCUUGUUCUCACAGCAUCUCUAUCUUGCGGGUGAGUACACUGUACCCAGUUCUACAGCGCUGGGCUGGCACCUUCUGAGGGCCACGUCGGCUCCUGCAGGGCCCAGGCUCCUGGCUCCCAGGAAAGGUCCUGGGAAGAGAGAGGUGCCUGGCAACGGGCCGGGGUCUGACUCCGCAGCCUGGGUACCUUCAACCCCACUCUGCUCAGUGGCACCUGGGAACCAGCGGCCCCAGCAUCGAGCGCCCUGAGCCCCAGGCUGUGUCGGCUCACGGCCAAGGGGAAAGGCAGUGUCCCCCCCAUCACUGGUGCGCCCUCGUCUGCUCGGCCCUGGUCUCCCUGCUCUCGUUAACACAUCAGCAGGCAGGUCCCCAUGGGCUGCGCUGGAAGCUGAGGCCCAGGAUGCCCCCAGCACAGGGCCCGGGGCCUGCGCUCUCCCGGACCUCCCCCACCAAAAAGAGGGCCAGCACAGGGCCAGUGCCUGUCUGGCACUGCCAUUAGACCCCCACCCAGGGACCACAAGGAUGCUGGGAAUGGAGGAGCUCCGGACCCCUACUCUAUGGCAAACGGGGGCGCUUAUCCUUCACAAGGACUUAAGGGCUCCUUCAGCUGAUGACAAUGAUACAAAUUAAAUGCGUGUAACAAACCACGUAAAAGAACGCUUAUUUCGAAUGGAUUUCUCCCCCACAGCUGUAUUGAUCCAGAGAUGCUGCUAUUAAGGCAGAAUUUAUAGGAAAUUGUUUUCAAGCCUGUUUGUACAACUGGCAGGUUGUAUUUAUUUAAUGUACCUCAAGGUGUUUUCAUAAUGAUCAGUGUUUUAAUAAAAACUAUUUCUGGCCUCUGUGUCUCUGAGGUCUGAUAGGGACAGACAGAUGCCAAGAGCCGUGUGUACUGCUGGUGACCAGGUGCCGAGCGAGGGCUCAGGCCGGGCGACCGACCACGGAGCGUGACCCACCCCUGGCACCCGACUGUGUUUCCUAACAUCCUUCUGGAGACAGACCCUGGGGGUGUGAGGGGAGCGGGCAGGCACCCGGCCCACAGCUGUCCCUCUGUGGGACAUGU